AAAAUUUUCAUUAUGUGAAGAAAAGUAUCGUAUCAUGUUUGGAUAUUCUAUUAAAAAAAAUCAGAAUUUUAAAAUUUAAAUUCCUUCGAAAAAAAAACAAGAAGAAUUUUAUAAUUCUUUUUCGCUCCCUGAUUCCCGCCCGCUGAUUCUCGUCGCUCGCUGAGUCUGACUUGACAAUUUCUCUGCUCGCCUGUCACACAUUCCCCCCCUCUGAUUUCAGUGUCCUCUUCUCUUAGACAUUUAUGCAGUGAGCCACUGCUGCCACCCACUGUACCUGUUACUAUGAUGCCAGUCUCUUUUAAGUGCUAUUUGAAGUGAUUGACGGGGAAGACUGAAGAUUUUGCAUUUAAUGAGUUGACAUUGGGUUUAUGAAUGACUAUGAGUGGCAGCUUGUGAUUUCCGUGCACAAGGACAAAGCCAGCAAGCAAUGAUAGUUUUUUGUGUGAGAAGAAAGAGCAUAUAUAUGUAAACUUUUGCAUGCAGGAUGGCAAACAGCAAAUAUGAGUAUGUCAAGUGUUUUGAAGUUGAGGAUGAGGUCAUGUUUCCGAACAUCAUCCUUGUUUGGAUCAAUGCCUGUAAACUUCAAAAACCUUGUGAUGUAAACACCUUGAGAUUGAUGAACUGUUGUGCAAUUGAAGUUCUUGAAGAGUAUGCAGAUGUAGUCCUUGCAUAUGGGUUCAGUGACGAGUAUACUUUUGUUUUCAAGAAGACCUCCAAAUUCUAUGAAAGGCGUGCUAGUAAAGUGCUAUCAAUUGUGACUUCUUUUUUCUCAUCUGUCUUUGUGAGAAAAUGGGGUGAAUUUUUUCCACAAAAGGAACUACAAUGUCCUCCUUCCUUCCAUGGGCGAGUCAUACCUUGUGCGUCCACAGAUGCUCUUCAAGCGUAUCUUUUGUGGAGGCAGAAUAUAUGUCAUUUGGGUAAUCAACGUGAGCAAUGCCUUUGGCGUCUUGUUGAACGUGGAAUGAAUGAGAAGGAAGCAUGGGACUUCAUAAAGGGUUUUGACAAAAGUGAUCUAAACAAUCUUUUAUUUGAUGAGUUCAAUGUUAAUUACAAUACACUGGAGCCAAUAUACCGCCAAGGGUCUUGUGUUCUGAAGACAAUGAUAGAGGAUAUUGUGAAGUACACAGAUAAUGGUGCACCAAUUAAAAGGCACAGGAGAAAGAUAAUCACAGUGCAUUCCAAGAAAAUAGCGAGUAAGAGGUUUUGGAAUGAGCAGACGAUUCUUUUGAAGGAGCUUGGUAGUUUUGUUGAAGAGAUUCACAAUGUGAGUCCAGAGUAUGUGAGGUCCUUUGAAUUUGAUGGUAAAUUGAUGCCAUCAACAUGGAUUGUAGUUCGAAUAGAUGGAUGCCACUUCCACAGAUUUUCUGAGAUACAUGAAUUUGUGAAGCCAAAUGAUGAUAGAGCUCUUAACUUGAUGAAUUUGUGUGCAGUUGCUGUCUUAGAAAAGUUUUGGGAGGAUAUAGUCUUUGCGUAUGGGGUCAGUGAUGAGUUUAGCUUUAUUCUUAAGAAAACCAGUAAUCUUUAUCAAAGGAGAGCUAAUACAAUGAUUUCAGCUAUUGUGUCUUUCUUCACAUCCACUUAUGUGAUGAGAUGGAAAGAUUUCUUCUCACAAAGUGAGUUAAAGUACCCUCCUUCCUUUGAUGGACGAGCAGUGUGUUAUCCAUCCACCAAUAUUCUACGGGACUACCUUUCAUGGAGACAAGUGGAUUGUCACAUCAACAAUCAAUAUAACUCUUGUUUUUGGAAGCUGGUUGCAUCUGGAAAAAGCAAAAGGGAAGCCCAGAAUAAUUUAAAGGGUGCUCAGUUGCAAAAGAAAAUUGAGGAAUUGGCUAUUGACUACAAUAAAUUACCAAUCAUGUAUCGACAAGGAUCCUCAGUUUAUAGGGAAAAGGUAGACAAUGUUCUUAUUCAUCAGGAGAAUGGUGAAUCUUCUGAAUGUUAUGGAAAGGUCAUUGUUGAGCAUAUUGAUAUUAUUGGACCAACAUUUUGGUUGGAACACCCAAACAUCCUUGAUGAAUAGCUGUAUGUGUAGUGUAGCAUCGAGUAUGCUAAUUAAAUUUUAGUAUUUUAUUUCUCGUUGCUGAAAAUUUUUGUUAGUUUGGUUUAACAUUAUGGAUUUUUUGUUUUUAUAUUUUCUUAUUUAAUUUACAUGAAAUCAGGAAGUGCUGCAUAACUUUUAUUGUGUUGAGUGUAAAUACGCAUGCAAGCCUUAGAUCCCUUAACUUUCUCCUUCCAAUGAAGGAGAAUGGUUGCACCAUUGCAGCAUUCAACCAUGGCUACCAAAC